AUUCCUUCUGUAUAUUGUUUUUAAUGCUAUUUCUUAAUAACUAUUUUUAUUCCGUCGAAGCUGGGAUGUGCUGGAGUGGACCCAAUCGCGAGGGCCGAUGCAAUGAUUUGCUUAAAUCGGGAGUCACUGAAGAUGAGUGCUGUAGUGGUGUCGACAGCACUAACUCUGGCAUCACAUCCACUGCUUAUACCGAAGACCUCGAGGCGGGGAAACUGUUUUAUUUCCGCGCUCUGAGAGGUGGUGUCCCGUGUAGUCGAUGUAAAUCCACCUGUGAAGGCGUUAAGUGCGAGACUGGAAAGAAGUGUGCGCUUAAGAGUGAGGCACCGGUAUGCAUAUGUGCGCCCAAAUGUUCCCGGAGAAAAAGAAAACUCGGACCCGUUUGUGGAACCGAUGGACAAACCUAUCGACACGUUUGUAGACUUUUAAAACGCAAGUGUCGUAAGGAUCCGACCCUAACAGUCGAUUACUAUGGCAGUUGUAAAGACACAUGCGAUAGUGUUCGCUGUGUUGAGAGCAAGACAUGUAUUUUAGAUCAUAAUGUUGGGCCCCAUUGUGUGCGAUGCAAACAGUACUGCCCACCUGUCACUCCCAAUAGUCGUCCAGUUUGUGGUGUGAAUAACGUAACCUAUUCUAGUUAUUGCCAUUUGCAAAGGGCUGCCUGUCUGUCAGGCACUGCCAUUCAACAAGCUUAUAGAGGACAGUGUAAACGU